AUGUCUCAGGAAUAUAUUGGGGACCAUUCGCAUGCUGGUUCGUCGGAAGAAGAAAGUGGAGGUUAUGAUGAAUGGAUACCAUCAUUUUGUACCAGGUUUGGCCAUGAAUAUUUCUGUCAGGUACCUGCAGAUUUCAUUGAAGAUGAUUUUAAUAUGACGUCUUUAUCUCAAGAGGUUCCGCAUUAUAGAAAGGCUUUGGAUUUGAUAUUGGAUCUUGAAGCUGUUAGUGAAGACGAUGAAGACGAUGAUAUGGAUAGCACCCAACUACGUAAGGAUAAUAACAAUAACAAUAACAGUAAUAGUAAUAGUAAUAACAACACCGAAGUUGUUAAUAGAAAUAUAAUAGAGCAUUCUGCGGAACAGUUGUAUGGUUUAAUCCAUGCUAGAUACAUUUUAACCAAGCCAGGUUUGCAGGCAAUGGCAGAAAAGUUUGAUCAUAAAGAAUUUGGUACAUGUCCUCGUUACUACUGUGGUGGGAUGCAAUUGUUGCCAUGUGGAUUAAGUGAUACUAUAGGAAAGCAUACUGUAAGAUUGUAUUGUCCAAGUUGUCAAGAUUUAUAUCUACCACAAUCUUCUCGUCAUUUAUGUUUGGAAGGUGCGUUCUGGGGUACCAGUUUCCCAGGUAUAUUUUUAAAACAUUUUAAAGAACUUGAAGAUUAUGUUGAAAAGAAAGUUAAAGAAUCAUAUGAAUUGAAAGUAUUUGGAUUUAAAAUAAGUGAUUCUGCUGUUUCCGGACCAAGAAUGAAGUGGUUAAGACAAUAUCCUAGUACCAAGGAGGAAUGGGAAGAGUUCAAUAAAUGUGAAUUCGAAAUUCCUGAUGAAUUAUUAUUGAAAUAA